UUUUAGCUUGCAUGCAAAUAUUGUUUUGUUGAUUGAGAGAAAUUGUAAAAAGAUGAUGGAAAAGAGUAAGUUAGUGGGGUUGAUAGGGUUUGUAUAUUUGGUUUGUUGGUCGAGUAUAGCUGAGGCUAAUAAUGAAUAUCUAAAAUACAAAGAUCCAAAGCAACCACUUGGUGUUAGGAUAAAGGAUUUAAUGAAGAGGAUGAGUCUUGCUGAGAAAAUUGGCCAAAUGACCCAAGUUGAACGAGCUAAUAUCACUGCUGACAUUAUUCAGACCAACUUCAUUGGGAGUUUGCUUAGUGGGGGAGGGAGUGUGCCUGGUCCUCAAGCUACCCCGCAGCAAUGGGUGGAUAUGGUGAAUAAUUUUCAGAAAGGAGCUCUCGCAACUCGCCUCGGAAUACCUAUGAUUUAUGGAAUUGAUGCUGUUCAUGGCCACAACAAUGUUUUCAAUGCCACCAUUUUUCCUCAUAAUAUUGGCCUUGGUGUAACUAGGGACCCUAAUCUUGUGAAGAGGAUCGGGGCCGCAACUGCACUUGAAGUUCGCGCUACAGGCAUUCCGUAUGCUUUCGCACCAUGCAUCGCGGUGUGUAGAGAUCCACGAUGGGGUCGGUGCUACGAAAGCUACAGUGAAGACCAUUCCAUCGUCCAAAUGAUGACUGAGAUCAUCCCUGGUUUACAAGGAGAUCUUCCUCCCAAUGCUACUAUUGGAAAUCCUUACGUCAACGGCAAAGACAAAGUGGCAGCUUGUGCGAAACAUUUUGUUGGUGAUGGAGGCACAGUGAAGGGAAUUGAUGAGAAUAACACAGUCACCGAUAUGCAUAAUUUAUUUAGUGUUCAUAUGCCUGCUUACUAUAACUCAAUUAUCAAAGGCGUUUCAACUAUCAUGGCAUCUUAUUCCAGCAUCAAUGGAGUUAAAAUGCAUGCGAAUGGCAAAUUAAUUUCUGGUUUCCUCAAGAACACAUUAAAUUUUAAGGGAUUUGUGAUCUCCGAUUGGCAAGGAAUAGACAGGAUUACUGAUCCACCACAUUCAAACUAUACUUACUCAGUUCUCACUUCGAUCAUGGCCGGUGUUGACAUGGUAAUGGUUCCAUACGACUAUAACGAGUUUAUUAAUGAAGUGACAACUCUUGUAAAUCUUAACGCCAUUCCAAUGAGCCGCAUUGAUGAUGCAGUCAAGAGAAUUUUGAGAGUUAAAUUCUCCAUGGGUCUUUUUGAGAACCCUCUUUCAGAUUAUACCUUUGCUCAUAAGGUUGGGUGUCAGGAGCAUAGAGAGAUAGCUAGAGAAGCCGUAAGGAAAUCAGCUGUGCUACUGAAAAAUGGGAAAACUGCAACUACCCCUUUGCUCCCCCUCCCAAAGAAAGCAGGCAAGAUUCUCGUCGCCGGCACUCACGCCGACAACUUGGGCUUCCAGUGCGGUGGUUGGACAAUCGAAUGGCAAGGACUCACCGGAAACAAUCUGACUGCAGGAACAACUAUCCUGAAAGGCAUUCAGGCAGCGGUUGAUCCCACCACCCAAGUAGUAUUCAGCGAGAAUCCUGACGCUAACUCGGUACAAUCAGGAGAUUACUCAUUCGCCAUAGUGGUAGUUGGUGAACCUCCAUACGCAGAAUUUAACGGAGACAACACCAACCUUACUCUACCAGCACCCGGACCUGCGAUCAUAAACAAUGUCUGCGGUGCAGUCAAGUGUGUCGUCGUCGUUCUUUCCGGAAGACCUCUUGUUAUCGAGGAGUAUGUUCCGUCCAUGGAUGCUCUCGUCGCGGCUUGGCUUCCUGGAACGGAAGGCCAGGGUGUUGCCGAUGUUCUUUUUGGUGAUUUUGGAUUCACUGGCAAAUUGGCUACCACAUGGUUUAGGAGAGUUGAUCAGCUUCCAAUGAAUGUUGGAGAUUCCACGUAUGAUCCGCUGUUUCCUUUCGGAUUUGGCCUUCUGACUAACCCUAUUCACUGAGUCUAUGUAUUUCAGUUGUAAUAACAAUCUCUCAAUUCAUAUGUUUUCACAUCAUUUUUUACUAUUUCAUGGGAAACAAAAGAAUGCCUUCUUUCUAAGUAUAU